AUGGGAUCCGAUUUCAAGCAUCUGUUGAGCCCCCUACAGAUGGGCGACCUCCAACUCAAGAACCGAGUGGUCAUGGCCUCUUUGACAAGGAACCGCGACAAUGUCCCUCGAGAGAAUCUCCACGUACCUUACUAUGCCGAGCGCGCAGGAACCGGUCUGAUUCUCUCAGAAGCUGCUCUGAUCUGCCCACAGGGAGUCGAGUGGACGUUCAUGCCAGGAAUCUACUCGCAAGAGCAUGUCGAUAGCUGGAAAAAGGUCACAGAUGCUGUUCACAAGCGUGGUGGAAUAAUCUUUUGCCAGCUGCAUCAUGUCGGCCGCGUUGCGCAUCCUGGCACCCGGGUGCAGCGAGAGCUUGGCGAGCCGGUCCCAGGACCCUCUCCCAUUGCUGCCCGAGGGGGUAAGUUCCGUAAUGUACCGGGUGGCCCUGGUUACUCCAUUCCUACGGAAAUCCAGGAUCCUGAGACAAUCAUCAACUUAUACGAGAAUGCUUCGAAGCUUGCAAAAGAGGCUGGCUUCGAUGGCGUGGAGAUACACAACGCCAAUGGCUACCUGCCCAUGCAGUUUCUCGAAUCCCACAGUAACCAGCGCAAAGACGAAUGGGGCGGUUCCAUAGAGAACAGGAUGAGGUUUCCUCUGGCUUGCCUGGCCCAGAUGAACAAACACUUUCCAUGGAACCGAAUAGGGGUCAAGCUGGCACCCUGUGGUGGGUAUAACGACAUGGGCGAGAUGGAUGCAGAUGGUAAUCCAUCACCAGAUGCCGCCAUGGCAACUUAUGGCAGGUACUGCACUGAGCUUGAUAAACUCGGCCUUGCGUAUGUCCAGGUCAUGCGGUGGUGGGCGUUAUAUGAUCUCCUGAUUGACGGCAAACCUCGAGGUGUUCAGUGGGACCCUAUUUCCAAGCUGCGGCCUAUUCUCAAAAACACGCUGCUCUUUGGCAACACUGGCUUUACCGCUGAAGAGGCCGAGGAGUGGAUAGCAAAAGGGCAUAUGGAUGCCGCAGUUAUUGGCCGACCUCUGCUUUACAAUCCUGAUUUCACCGAGAAGCUACAUGCAGGCCGAGCAGACACAAUCUACAAGGAGCAGCCUGGUGACGAGUAUUGGUGGUAG